AUGGCUGCCAUGCUCGAGUUCCGCACCCAAGGAUACAAUCCCUACGCAGUCAAGUACUCCCCGUACUACGAUUCGCGCAUCGCCGUCGCCACCUCGGCAAACUUUGGGAUUGUCGGCAACGGCCGCGCGUUUGCGCUAGGGCUCACGGCGCAGGGAGUCCGAGUCGAGAAGACUUUCGAUACAAACGAUGCGCUGUACGACUUGGCGUGGUCGGAGAUUAACGACAAUCAAUUCAUCGUGGCUUGCGGCGACGGCUCGUUGAAGCUGUUUGACCUUGGCGUCGAUGACUUUCCCGUCAUGAACUUUCACGAACACAAAAGAGAGACCUUCUCAGUCUGCUGGAACCCCGUCUCCAAGGACACCUUCAUUUCCAGCUCGUGGGACGGAACGGUGAAAAUUUGGUCGCCAACCCGUGCCCACUCGCUAAAAACGCUGCCUGUCGGCAACUGUACGUACAGCACUUCGUUCUGCCCAUCGAACCCAGCCUUGGUCUCAGCCGUCUCCUCCGACUCCCACCUCCGAAUCUACGACCUCCGCACUCCUUCCUCCGCCAAGUAUCACCUCGUAUCGACCAUCCCGAUACACGCCGCCGGUGCACGACCAGGCGUCAAUCCUGGCCUCGCAGCCGCAAGUCAACCGGCCGAAGCCCUUACCCACGACUGGAACAAAUACAACGAUGCCAUUGUUGCCACCGGAGGCGUCGAUCGCAUCAUCCGCACAUUUGACAUUCGCAACCCGACAACAGGCCCGCUUUCGGUAAUGCAUGGCCACGAAUAUGCCAUCCGUCGUUUGGCUUGGAGUCCUCACGCGAGUGAUGUCCUCCUCAGCGGAAGCUACGACAUGACUGUACGGUUGUGGAACGAUGGCUCGGCCCAGCCGUCAGGGCCCGUGGCAGGCGCAAAGCCAGGAGUCCAACUGGGCGUCAUGAACCGACACACAGAGUUCGUCACAGGCGUUGAUUGGUGUCUGUUUGGUGUUGGAGGGUGGGUCGCCUCUGUCGGAUGGGAUGAAAGAGUGCUUCUUUGGGAUUCAAACAUGUUGAUGGGCCCGAGGUGA